CUUUGACCAUUUACCACUGAGAAGCAUAUACAACAAUCUUUCUCUAUAUUAUGAGUGGCAAGAAAUUCAACAGACUUGGCAGCAAAAAAAGUGGUAGUGACGAUAACGUCGGCAACUUUGUCUUCUCUUGGCCUACAGCAGGAAGUCCCAGUCAAUCCUUCAACACUACUGGUAGUACACCAUCCAGUCCUAUAGGUUCUCCAAGCACUUUUAGUACUAAUCCUCCUCCUUCAAGUCCUUCUUUUCAACCAUUUGGUGCCACUGGUACUGCUUCUUCACCUUCUGCUUCCGGCGUCUUUGUUUUUGGUGGUGGUCAGUCUCAACCUUCGGGAACAACUAGUCUUCCAAAUAGUCCUACUACAACUUCUUUCUCUGGCGUCAGUAAUACUACCCCUGGUUCCCCCAAUUCAACUCUUCGACGAAACUUUACCGAAAUCACACCAAAAGCCACUCCUGAAAGUGCAGGCAUGCGACGCGCUAACUCUGACAGCAAUUCAACAACAUUCAGCUUUGGAUCAACCAAUAACACUGGCACUUCUACUACUGCUCCUACUACAUUUACAUUUGGAGCUCAAAACCAAUCUUUUGGUUCGACUACUACUGCACCAACAACUACUUCUACGAUAGCUGCUCCACCGUCGUCAGCAACACCUUCAACAUCAACCUUCACUUUUGGCUCACCAGCAACAACUAACAUAUCAUCUUCUACUGCAACUCCUGCUGCUACUACAACUUCUUCAACUUUUUCAUUUGGAGCUCCAUCUACAUCGACAACUUCCGGUUUCUCAUUUGGUGCUCCAGCCACUACAACCACGUCUUCAGCAACACCUUCAUCAACUAUUGCUGCGCCGACGACAGCUUCCAGCUCUAGUCUCACAUCAACUUUCAAUGCACCUUCCACUUCAACAGCAGGAACACCUUCAUCUACCUUCACUUUUGGAUCACCAUCAGCUCCCAGCAGUCUAUCUGCUGCAUCUCAAAAGCCAGAUUCUGGUGUAUCAUCCGGUAGUAUACGAAGUUCCCCAUUCAGUUUUAAAAUGCCAGCACCAGCCAGCACAACAACAACAACAUCAUCAUCUACUACUACAAGUCCUUUUGUUGGAACUACACCAUCAUCAACACCAGCAACUACGUCUUCUUCGACGCCCAGUACAUCAACCACAACAAUGGCAACACCUCCUGUUUUCAGUUUUGGAACAUCAACUACUGGUACAACAUCAAAACCAACAACAACAACAACAACAACAACAACAACAACAACAACACCGUUCACAUUUGGAAAGAAAGAGGAUACAAAAAAAUCCGACACUACAACGCCAUCAUCAGGUAUCUCAACAACACCACUGAAUUUGUUUUCAUCAGGAGUAAGCACUACCACUAGCGCUCCAACAUCAACUUCCACGACCACUGCAACUACUUCAACAACAACUGGACUACCAAGUUUUUCUACGAAUCUCACAACACCUGCUGUAUCCACUGGACCCAAUCCAUAUUCAUUUACAACCAUUUUAGAAAACCUGGAAAGAACAGCGACACAACCACCAAGUCAAAUAGGAGCAGCCUUGAUUACACCUUCAUUGAAUGCGCUUCGACAAAACCAAGUGGUGACACAUACUAAUUUCCGUAUCGAUAAUAUUCUACCAAGUACACGAUAUACCGAAUUACCUGAACAAGCGAGGAAGGAAUUGGAUGAAUUGGAUCAAUAUAUACAUGGAGAAUCGCAACGAUGUGACUAUAUUGUGAAACAAGCAGCUCCCAAACGAAAAGACACAAUGAAAGAAGCAAAACAUGAUUAUGAAAUCUUAUCUCAGAAAUUGGACUCAUUAUCAAGUAGUUUACAGAUUCAAGUCAAUUCUAUUGAAGAACUUUUCGAUUCUUUAAAGGAACAAAUACGACAUUUUAACGAUGGUCAAUCGGUGAUUGAAGCAUGCAAACAUCCUGGAGGACGAACAGCACGUUGGUUAUUUGCUUAUGGUGCAAAUGAUGAUUACUUUGUCAGUUUAUCUACCCGACUUGCCUCUCGAUUGGAAGAAUAUAAAAAAUGCAUCAAGGAAAUCGAACGGAUUACAGAAUCUUGGACAAAAAAUAGGGCUCAAUCUCCUCAAGGUAAAAAUAAAAAUACAAAAAAAAAAAAAAAAGAAUGUAUACCUAAACCCAUGUGUUUGUUGUAAAAUGAAUGAAAUUGUGGAACUCACACCUUGGUGUAUUGUAGAUAUUGCUCGUAUCAUGGAAUCACAAAAUCAAACAUUCUUGGCAUUAACCAAUCAGGUGGCUGCAUUACAUGAAAAUUUGAAAAUGGAACAAGAUUUUUAUUUACAAUAUCGAUUACAAGCUGUUACCCUCUAAUCUUUUCUUUUAUCUCUAUGAUGCCACUUCUUGAUGAUGGAUGACUCAUUGACCUCUCAUUUUUUUUUUCCUCUUUACAUUUGCAAACAUGCCUUCUUGG